UAAAAGAAGAACUGGACUCGUUCGAGCAAUCCUGUCGUACAAUGUCGAUGUCUAAAUUUUAUAAGGAGAAGAUUCACGAUCUUGAAAGAGACUGUUGCGCGGGAUUGAACAAAGUUAAAAAUGGUUUCGUCGAGUCCCUUCAGGCUUUUGAAAAUACUCUCGUCUAUAUACGCUCGGAGGGAUCUUCUAAGGGUUCUACAUCGAACGCGGAUGGAUAUCGCAACGCCGAAAGUUUCGUGAUAGGACGUCGUAAGGAAAAGAAUUUGGAUGGUGGCGUGCGUCAAGGUGCCAAGUGGCAGACAUUGUCGAGCAACGUCGAAAAGCAGUCAUCCCUCUGUCGAACCAAAUCGCUCAUUAUCGAGAACAGACAUCACGGUCUAUGGUUGGCGCAGAUUUGUUCGCAACGUAUCAGUGACAGUGCCAUAUGCAACGACGCUAUGUAUCGAGCUUCGAGAUUUCACUUGGAAAGACCGCAUCAUAUCGUUGGUAUAUUGGAACCUUCCAAUGAUCUACGAUUUUCUACCAGCUUUACCACCAUUUUUCCGAUCGUUGGAAAAAGAACGCCGAUUUUAACGCUCUAACGAAGCUAUUUGGAACAUUUUUCUUUUCCUUCUUUUCCUUUAUUUUUUUUUUAUCUUCUUUUUCU